AUGCGAGCGCGGGAAAGUGGAAGGACAAAGACCGAGCAGGCAGCGGCGCGCACGAACCGCCUCCCUCCACUGCAGCCCGGGUGGCAGCGCGCUCUUGUUUCAGGCAGCGGCACUACCAUUUGUGUCACACCAACAAGUAGCGAUCCCAGAUCAGCACGACGCGGGAGUGUGGCGACGGACGAGAGAGGGCCCUUCGAUGACCCAUUGCGGGACAACGGGCCAUCUAGCGGGCCCACGGCUGAGGCCGCGAGCUACUUUGUACUUGCGCGUGUUUGUGCCUCGUACGAGGUACGCGCAUCAGGCAUUUCCCCCCUCGCAAGCGACCUGACAGCGGCAGCGUGCAGUGGUGUUCCUGACCGGCCGGCCAUGGCCCAACCGUCCAACUGCGGCCCUGGCCUCUACGGGGCUUUUCAUCGAGAACGCUGGCCCGGGAGCACAACGCCCGAGAGCACAGCCUGGCCUGCAAUAGUGCUCGCCCACCGGAAGCAGGGAGGGGGAGCUAGGCCGGUGGAGCAGCCCGGACGAUUUGCUCAUAUUCCUUCUGUCUCGCCCACUGUUCGCCACGACGCAGGUAUCGAGUACUUUCUUCCCCCUCCAGUUAACAGGGCCUUCCGGAAACCGUCUGCCAACCAACAGCAACGAGCGGCCGAACCGACGGCUGCACCCUGCUGGCAUUCUGGUAUUAGCGCAUUUGUACGCAGAUGCCAUUGGGUGCGGCCAUUCUCACCUGCAUCCGUGUUGGGUUCCCGUCAGCGUUCCUCGUCAUGGCGGCCAGAGUAUGCUCGUACACGUUACCGACACGAUGCGGACACCCUGUCGUCCCACCCUGCUGCCCGUCCCUUCUUUCGUUCCCUCCCGCUCCUGCACACCAAGACGACGGCAAACAGCCCUCUUCAGCCCGCAAGCACAUCCACCUGCCUGCUCUGUAUCUUCACUCAGGUGAUCUCCCGCGGAGGGAGGCUCGGGCCCACCCUAUGCCUACGAGUACGAUACGAUACGCGGGAUAGAGUCAAGGGUGGCCGCUGGUGGGGUGGCAGGCCGGAACAGAAGAAGGCGAUCAGCGAGACUUCGUAUACGAGCAGCAGCUACUAUGUGCAAUGCUCCGUACGGGGUACGAGCACGGAUGGCAGGGUCGCCGAUGCACUGCUCGGACGAGGCCCCCUUCACAACCCGUCACAUGCCUAA